AUGGAGACUAUCUCUGACUCGCAUCAUUCCAGCACACCGAUACGCCUCGGCAACGACGCAGAAGCCAACUCAACAACCCACAAGCUCAUCAAGCGCCAACCCCUCCCCCAACGCCGCAUCGACACCUGUCCCCGCGACGCGCCACCCGGCACACCCGCCGAAUGGCAAUACUUCUACCAAUCCAAAUGCAUCGACGCAACCCGCUACACGAUCGAAUGCGGCCGCGUCGAUGAAGAUGCUAUUGGGGGCACCUGGCAAACUUUCAUCUACGAAUGCGGGCCGAAUGAAUUCUGCAUGAAUGGCGGCAGUGAUCAGACCGGCAAGGGGGUUUGGGGGUGGACUGUUGCGCUCUGCGUUGGGCAUGACGAGAUCAUCGAAUUAGCGCAUGAGGCGGUCGAUGCGGCUGAUGAGCGGACGAUGAAUUUGAAUCCGGCGGCGGGGGCGGUGAAUGCGCCGGCGUUGGCGAGGCAGGAGGUUUUGCUGACAAGCCAGGCGGGGUCGCUGUAUGUGGCGGAUCAGAUUAGCCUGCAGGCUCAGAAUGCGGCUGGGCAGCCUUUGGGUCCGGCGAAGAGUUGUCAGUCUUGUGGGAGGAUGGAUUAUAAUCCGUGGCCGCAGGGGACUGAUAAGUUUGUUGGGCAUGUGAAGGUUGCGAAUGCGAAUGAUGAGCCUUGGGCUAAGGCUGUUUCAUUUCAUCAUGAGUUGUGA